AUGUCUGGACUCCAAGCCGUCAAGUACACUCGGGGUCGUCUCGAAGUCCUGGACCAACUGAGACUGCCUCAUGAAUUCCACUACGAUGAGGUGUCCACCAGCGAGGAGGCCUUUGACUGCAUCAAGUCGAUGAGAGUUCGUGGUGCCCCCGCCAUUGCUAUCGUCGCCGCCCUCGCCCACGCUGUCGAGCUACACAACGGCAGCUGCGCCGCCUCUUCAUCACAAGAUGCCGUCACUUACAUCGACUCGCGUUUGGAUUACCUCAAGGAAAGCAGACCGACUGCCGUCGACUUGACCAAUGCUAUCAACCAACUAAAGGCCCGCGUUAGGAGCGCGCCUCAGGAUGAUUCCAAGACGGUCAUUGCUGCAUACAUUGAGGAAGCCGAGAAGAUUCUGCAAAAAGACCUUCAGACCAACCUGUCUAUUGGUGACCAUGGAGCGCAAUGGUUGAGAGAGGUCGCUGGUGCUUCACCUGAUGCCAAAGUAUCUGUCCUCACUCACUGCAACACUGGCUCUCUGGCAACAUCUGGUCACGGAACCGCCCUCGGUAUCAUCAGAACACUUUGGUCCAAUAACCUUCUGAAGCACGCCUACUGCACCGAGACGAGACCCUACAACCAGGGUAGCAGGCUGACCGCCUUUGAGCUUGUUUACGAGACCAUCCCCAGCACUCUCAUCACAGACUCCAUGGCUGCCGCGCUGUUCAACUUGCAAAAGGACAAGAUGAACAUUGCUGCUGUCAUUGUAGGUGCCGACCGUGUCGUUCGCAACGGUGACACUGCCAACAAGAUUGGAACCUACCAACUCGCCGUCUUGGCCAAGCAUCACGGCGUCAAGUUCAUUGUUGCGGCUCCCACCACCAGCAUCGACCUCGAGACCCAGACCGGCGCCGGCAUCAAGAUCGAGGAACGCAAGGGGGAGGAGCUCACGCAGAUUUCCGGUGCUAUCGUCCAGGCUGAUGGCAACGUCGAUAUCGCUCGUACAGCGCGUGUGGCGACGGCGGACCAGCGCAUUAACGUCUGGAACCCUGCUUUUGAUGUUACACCGCACGACCUGAUCGAUGCUGUUGUUACGGAGAAGGGUGCUGUUGUCAAGAACGACGAGGGUCAAUUUGAUUUCCGUCACAUCAUGCCCGAGAGAUGGGCGCAGGUGGUCGCCCAGUGA